AUGGCACCACCGCACCCUCUAGACCCCCUCUCAUCUGCUGAGAUCGAAAAGGCCAUUGCGGUCAUCACAAAGACCCAUGGCGAGGUCUUCUUCAACGUCGUCUCCCUUCACGAACCCCGCAAGGCCGAAUUGACAAGAUGGCUCGCUUCACCCUCGACGACACCCCUCCCCCGCCGCAUCGCCGACGUUGUGGUGAUUGCCAAGGGCGGCAAGGUCUACGAUGGUCUCGUUGAUAUUGCCUCCGGCGCAAUCACGAAGUGGGAGCUCAUGGAGGGCGUGCAACCGAUCAUCACUAUGGAAGAACUGCAAAUCGUCGAACACAUCUGCCGCACCGACCCCAAAGUCAUCGAGCAGUGCGAGAUCUCCGGGAUCCCCGCCUCCGAUAUGCACAAGGUCUACUGUGACCCCUGGACCAUCGGCUACGACGAGCGCCACGGCAACACCGUCCGCCUCCAACAGGCCCUCAUGUACUACCGCCCGGACCCGGACACCUGUCAGUACCAGUACCCGCUCGACUUCUGCCCCAUCUACGACGCCGACAAGCAGGCCAUCAUUGCCAUCGACGUGCCCCAGGUCCGCCGUCCGCUUAGCAAGGCUGCGCCCAUCGAUUACCACCCGGCCGCCAUCCAGAAGCUGGGUGGUUACCGUCGCGACCUGAAACCCAUCAACAUCACCCAGCCGCAGGGCGUCUCUUUCAAGAUGUCCGGGCGGGAGAUUGCAUGGCAGAACUGGAAUUUCCACAUCGGCUUCAACUACCGUGAGGGCAUCGUCUUGAGCAAUAUCACCUACAAUGACAAGGGCAACGUGCGGCCCAUCUUCUAUCGCCUGUCGCUGGCUGAAAUGGUUGUGCCGUACGGUAACCCGGAACACCCGCACCAACGCAAGCACGCCUUUGACUUGGGCGAGUACGGCGCCGGGUACAUGACCAACAGUCUGGCCCUGGGCUGCGACUGCAAGGGCGAGAUCCACUACCUCGACGCCGAGUUCCCGACACGCAACGGCAGUGUGAGGACGAUCAAGAACGCCAUUUGCAUCCAUGAGGAGGACAGUGGUAUUCUUUUUAAGCACACCGACUUCCGUGACGACUCUGUGAUCGUCACGCGCGGGCGCAAGCUCAUUAUCCAGCAAAUCUUCACCGCCGCCAACUACGAAUACGCCAUCCAAUGGAUCUUCCACCAAGAUGGCACGAUUCAGCCUGAAAUUAAAUUAACGGGUAUUCUCAAUACUUAUUCGCUUAAUCCGGGCGAGGACACGAAGGGCUGGGGCACGCAGGUCUACCCGGGCGUUAACGCGCACAACCACCAGCAUCUCUUCUGCCUCCGCGUCGACGCAAACGUCGACGGACCCCGAAACACAGUCUUCAUGGUCGACGCCGUGGCAUCUGAUGCACCCGUCGGCUCGCCCGAGAAUUACUACGGCAACGCGUUCUCGGCGCGGCGCACAAAGCUCGACACCACGGGCAAGUCCAAGACGGACUACGAUGGCUCCACAAGCCGCACGUGGGAAAUUGCCAACACGGACAAGAUUCACCCGUACAGCGGCAAGCCAGCAUCUUAUAAGCUCGUCAGCAGGGAGGUGCCGGGGUUGUUGCCCAAGGAGGGCUCUUUGGUAUGGAAGCGUGCCGGGUUCGCAAGGCACGCGGUGCACGUCACGAAAUACCGUGACGAUGAACUCUGGCCCGCGGGCCGCCACGUCCCGCAGACGUCCGGCGAGCCCUCAAGCGGCAUCCCCGAAUGGAUCGGCGACGGCACCGAGUCCAUCGAGCAGGAGGACGUUGUGCUCUGGCAUACCUUUGGCGUCACGCACAUUCCCGCCCCCGAGGACUUCCCCGUCAUGCCCGUCGAGCCCAUCACGCUGCUGCUGCGGCCGCGCAACUUCUUCACAAACAACCCCGUCAUGGACGUGCCGCCCAGCUACUGCAGCACGCCGAGCCAGGUCGCCGCCGGCAAGGGGGUGCUGGAUGCGGCAGACAAGAUUAGCAAGCUGGCGUUCGCGGAGGGGCAGUCGUGCUGCGCGGAGAAGAGUAAGCUGUGA